UCCACUUUUAUUUCCUGCAUUUAUUUCCUGUGUUAGUCGUUAAAACCCGGUGUAUCAUUCCCCCGCUUGUGUGCCGAACUCCGUCAGAAAUGUGACAGUUUUUAAAACUCUGAUCUUAUUCAUCGACUAAUGAAAACACUAAAUGGAUUCUGACUGAAGACGGUUUAACAGCAGGGUCUUGUCAUCAGUUCGGCGUUGGUCUGAUACACAGAGCACGUCAAGUUUAGAGAGGCUCACUCCUUUUACUGCGGUCAAGCAGUGUGCGUGUGUAUUCGUAGUAUUACGGUACGGAUGGUGAAAACGGCCAAAAGUGAUGGAGUCGCCCGUUUCUCAGCAACGCUUUCUCCCCUGUUUCUCCCAUUGAUAUACCUACCGUACUCUUUUUUUGAAGGAGCUCUAAAUUAAUUGGUAUUUUUAUUGACAGUAAUACACAUGCAUAGAGUUAAUACUGAAUGUGGGGAAAUUCUGAUUAUACUAUACGGUAAUUUGAGCAGACUUUACCUUUUAAAUUCCUCAUAAACUCUUCAGUAAAACUGUAUGAAAAUUUGAUAUGAUCAUUGUGGGCGUCACCUACAACAAGAUUCCAUUAAAAGAUUUAUGUAACCCUAUGAAGGAUUUUUUAAGUAAUAUUUAAUAUUAGGCAACUCUGAUUACAUUUUGUUGUAUUUUGAGCAGACUUAACCUUUAAAUUCCUCAUAAACUCUACAGUAAAAUUGUAUGAAAAUUAAUCUGGAUGUAGUGUGGGUCACCUAGUCAAAUGCAAGGUGGUUUAAUAUGUAUCUACCUGCUAGAGUGAUGUUUUUUUGUGGUGAAAAUCCCUUAAAUUUAUGAGAACAGUGCUAGAGAGUUACGAGUUACAUGAGGUGAAUUUAGUUGCAAUAUGUUGAGUUUUGUUGUAAAAUAAAUUGUGAUUUAUUACCUUUUUUCCAACUGCAAAUUAUGUCCCCAUAGAAAUGAAAUGAAGUGGACUGAAAAUCAAUUGAUUAUAUUAUUCUAGUAGGCUAGCAAAAGUUUACACACAAAAACAUCGGGAUACUAUGCUGUAUCCAUUUUUAUCCCUCGACCAUAAUAUUUUAUGAUAUUGACAUAGCUGAUGUUGAGUCCAUCUGCUCAGGACCAUGAGAUGUCUUUAGACGUCAUCUGCGGACCUUGAGUUCAAAUUAUUUUAUGAAUGACAGCAAAAAUCACGUGGAACAGCUGCCUCAAAAGCCUCGUUUCCACCAAGCAGUCUGGUUCAGUUCUGCUCUGUUCGCCACCCAUUAGGGAUGUUCCUGGCGACUAAUUUCCCUGUCAACCAAACAAAAUUUUUUAAUUAAGACUGGUCGACCAGUAUAAAAAAGGGAAAACAUGCAAAAAAAACAGUCAAAAUUUAGCACAACUUAUUGUUAAGUAUUUGAAACACUGUCCCCAAAAGUGUCGUGUGCAUUAAGAGCCCUUUGAGGCCUUUAAUCACAACCAUGUCGGAUUUUAAACACCACUGAAGUACGAGACACUUUGCUCUGUGCGGUAUGAAAAAAGAUAAACUGCAGCUGAAUUCAUUUUCUAGAUUUCUAGAUACUGCCAAACCGCACUGGUUUUGUGAGAGUACAUCUCUCCAAUUUCCCACCGUGCUGUUUAAAACAUCAGAGUGUUACUGAUUUGGGUGUUACUAUUUAGAGCAUUUCAUUGAUUGCCAUAAAACCAAAGGAAAAUGUGUGCGUAGUAUCAUGUGAUAGAAGCGUGAGAUAUCACGAAUGUGUUCCACCUCAAGACAAAAAGACGAUUGUGUCUCCAGAGAGUGAAAUGGGUUCAGACCCUAGAGGUUUAUACACUACUAAUCUCACAGAGAAUGCAGGUUGUUUAACAGGCUUUAAAAGGGAUUUGGGAAAUUCCUGUAAUUUAUUUGGCAUAUCCCACACCAUGACCAAAGAUAAAGCCUGACUCGCUCCUGAUUAUAAAGCAGAAAUUCCAGUUUUGCCUCGGGGCUUGGUUGUGGAUGAGAACACAAGUUAUUGAAACCAUGUCUUCAACAUUGAAAAAUUCCAUGUUCCUCCAGUGCAUUGCACCACUCUGACUGCACAACUAAGUAGAACGGGUCAGAGUUGAGACAGGAAGUAGCUGUCAGAUCCAACAAGACUAUUUGGCUGCACCCACUCUAAUAAUCGUACUUUUAUUGCCAACCAGCCUUGAUAAAAUUCAUGUUCCACACCCAGUGCAGCUGAUGUAGUGUGGCGCUAUAGUGCAUCAGCUGAGUGUGGUCACAGGUACAGCGGACCACACCUGCAGGGUUUGGUCAGAGGUGUGAGAGACCUUUCAGCUCACACAGGUCAGAGCAGCAACAUUUUCCUCCUCUCACAGUUCAAUGAAAAUCCUGCGACAAACUUAAGGUGCUCGUUAAGUGAAGGCAUCCAAGUGGAAUGCUUACCAGACGAACCAAUGGAGGGUAAAAGUUCAGGACCUUCGUGCUCUGGCCUCAAUCUGGUCGCACACCCACGGGCAAAAAGCAAAGUCUGGAAAUACUUUGGCUUUGACACAGACGCAGACGGCUGUAUAUUGCACUGGAAGCGGAUUUACUGUCGUGUAUGCAUGAGUCAAAUUGCUUACUCUGGAAACACCUCCAAUCUUUCGUACCACCUCGAGAAGAACCACCCUGUCGAAUUCAGUGAGUUUGUGAAGAGCAACACGGAUCAGAUGCGCGAGGCGUUCGCCACGGCGUUCUCCAGGAUAAAGACUGAGCCGUCAAGUGUACACAUUCAGCAACAAUCCCAGGACACAAACCUAAGGCAGAGUUUAGACUACGAAAACAGACGACACAAUGAUCUGACAAUAGCUGUCAUCAACUUUAUCUGUGAGGGGUUGUACCCUGUAUCUCUAGUUGAAGAGCCGACUUUCAAGACCUUAAUGAGUACCGUCGAUCCUGGGUACUCGCCACCAAGCAAAAGUGACCUGGCGGUUAAAAUGCUUCCUCAGAUGUACUGCCGCGCCAGGGACAUGGUCUUUAGUGAGCUUGCUGGGGUUGUGAACUGUGGCGUUACUACAGAUCUUUGGCAAAGCCAAACCCAGAGUAGGACAUACAUUUCACUCUCUAUGCAUUCGGUUAAUUACAAUAGCACAACUGGCUUCACGAUGACCAACAAGUGUCUAAAAACGUUUGAGGUACAAGAGGACAACACAGCCGAGAACAUCACCAGAGCUAUGUAUGAAGCAUUCGUUGAAUGGGGGAUAACUCAUAAAGUCAGUGGUGCCACCACAAAUGGUUCAGUGGACAUUGUCAAAGCGUGCUCCCUCCUCGACCUGUCAGUGGAAAUGCCUUGCCUUGGACAUACAAUAAAUCGUGCGAUGGAUGAAGCCUUCCAGCUGCCACGGGUCGACAGCUUUUUGGGAUGUUGCCGCAAACUUGUCGAUCAUUUCAAAGAACCAACGCUGUAUCUGCUGAGGGAAAAACAGAAGCAGAGUGGCCUCACUCAGUGUGCACUCAUCACAGACAGGGGUCGGUCUUGGUUGGCCACGUUGGCAAUGUUACAGAGACUGAAAGAGCAACAGGUUGCAGUAACUGCAACACUUAUAGAGAGCUCCAGCAGUCAUCAUUUCAACUUUGAUGGCCCUGACUGGGCCUUGUUGGAGGGCUUGAUUGAUGUCCUCCAGCCUUUUAAAGUUGUGGCAAACAUGAUCAGUUCUUGCAAGUACCCAACCAUUAGCAUGGUUAGGCCUGUGCUUCAUAUGCUGUUGAACACCACACUCAAGGUCAAGGAAGGGGACCUCAAAGAGAUUAGCAUGACCAAAGAGGUCAUCUCAAAAGUCCUCUCAAGCACCUAUUCACAGAAUACUCAGCUAUCGCAAGACAUUUCAGCGUUCCUCAACAUAGCUACAUUCUUGGAUCCUCGGUACAAGAAGCUGCCUUUCCUGUCCACUCAGGAGCGUUCCAAAGUUGAGAGUAACAUCAUAGAGGAGGCAAAAGCAAUCCUUGAGAAGCAGAUUGCAGAGCGACCAUGCCUAGAUGAUUUCUCCUUUGUAUCUGACGAGCCACCGAGCAAAAAGCAGACACCUGCGAGAGAGUCUUCAGCCAGCAGUGCAACCCAAGACAACCCUUUGGCUGCCAUAUUUUGUCAGUCAGACGCAGACCAGAGCCAGGAAGAGCUGCAUGCACAGGUGGUCGAGGAGCUGAGCAACUACAAAUCACAAAGAGUCCUAGGUCUGAAUGAAGACCCUUUACUGUGGUGGUCCAGUCAUGCACCUUUGUUCCCCACCCUCCCCAAGGUGCUUCAGAAGUACUGGUGUGUCCCUGCCACAAGUGUACCUUGUCACAGGCUGUUAAGCUCCUCCGGGGCUGUUCUGUGCGGGAAAAGGAACCGCAUAGCUCCGGCUUUAGUCGAUCAGCAGAUCUUCUUGUAUGAGAAUUCACGGAGCUACUAUGUGCCUGAACCCUGUGAGGAUGAGUUGGACGAUGCUUGUGAGGGGAACUGUAACCCGGGCCAGCCACUUGACUGACUGUGUGCUGACAAUUGUAAAAACUCAAAGAAUUUUGAUGACUGAAGCAUUAAAGCAUUAAAAAUAUGAUCAAAGUGUAUCAGUCAGUAGUAUGAAAAUGUAAUGGACCUGUUAUACUAGUGGUUUUAGCUCUUAAAUUGUAUAAAAGGUGUGAAGGCUAAUUUAUAUUCCCUUUAAAUACGAGAAUAGAUUUGUCAAUUUUAAACAGUGUACCUUUAUACUUCCAUGCAUCCUUUAUGUUGACAUAGAUACAAACAAUAGAUGGCACUCGAGGGCGGAGUCAAAACUUUCAUACAACGCUAGCAAGUCUUAGAUUGAUAUGACGAACACUUUGGUUUAUGACUAAAUACCUGCGAAACAAAUGGCAUUGAUGAUAAUGACAUGCUAACAUUAGCAUUAUAGCAUCAUCAGCGAGAACAUGAUGACAUUAGCACUUAACUCAAACAUUUCUGUUCAUGUAUGACUCAAGAUAUUUCGUGUUAAUUGGUAAACUUUCUAAGCAUGGUUAGACCUUUUUCUACAUUGAGUUUUUCUAGGGGGGUAACCGUUCACACAAUUCAUGGUUCAGUUUAGCCCUGUCUCCACCAAACACUUUCGGUAUGGUACCUUUGGAACCAAAAGUACCCUUCAGACAUAGUCUUUCCGUGACUAAAAAAUGUAUUAAUACAUCUCCGAUAUAACGUAUAGGUUAUACACGCUCAAAAACAGGACUAUAACUCAAUACAUUGGGCAUAACUUCCAUUAGAAGACCGUCUUUUGUUGUUUGUUGAAUUCUUAAAAAUCCAGGCUGUAUGUAAAUACAUUGUUAUGUAGGUACGACAGCAUUAACAAUGGAUGUCUUGCUGUGCAGAACAUUUACACAUUAUGAUGUCAAAGAAGUUUGAGAAUAAAGAUUUUGUUUUCAGUAUUUGCCUGACUGGUUGAUGUCCGAACUGAUGCACUGAUACGAACGCUAUCAUUCAUUUUUGUCGUACAAGACAUUCCAGCCUUAUAUAGUCCAAAGAGAUUUAACCUUUACUGUUAAUUACACUGAAAAACAUUUUAAGUCCAGUCAUUUUGAUG